AUGUCUAAACACCGCAAUGCUGGUCUCACCCCAUUUCAAACAGUUCCAAUGUUUUCACAGAAAUGUCAGCGGUUUCGCUUCGAGCAUCCUUUCACUUCCAUGAUUGCCGGAAUGACUGGCUCCGGAAAAACGGCCUGGGUUCGAUUUCUAUUGCAACAAGCUUCAGAGACCAUUUACAAUCCCCCGGAGAGGAUCGUUUGGUGUUAUUCACAAUGGGAGCCUGCAUAUACACAAAUGUUAGUCGCCAUGCAACACAUUGAAUUCGUCGAGGGAAUUCCCUUAUAUACCAUGUACCAUAUAGCGACGCAUUACAUCAAGCCAACUUGGAGACGCUCUCUCGACGCAGACAGUCUAUCACAACUAAGCUUUUUGAUUCCAUCACUUGUAACUCAGACCAUAAACUACAUGAGCUCUUGCCACCUCGCAUGAGGAUCCGCAAGACUUAGAGACCGGCGAAGUCGGUCAUCUGAAAUGACCGAUUGCGCAAUGUAAAACAAAAGACGUGUUGACAACUCAUAGAAUACGAUCCUCUCUAAAUCAUCACGACUGAAUGUUUCAUUUUAUUUACAACUCAUCGUUUGACAACUUAACCAAAUUAAUUAGAAAUUUGAUUCAUUGCACUCAAUGGAAACACAGAAAAAAACUCGUGGGACCUUUCAAAGCAAGCCGCGACAAACGGCGAGUAAAACGCGUGAACAAUUUGGCGUGUGAGCUGCAAAUGCCGAGUUAAAAACUAUUUUUCUUGUGAGUGAAAUAUUUGGCUAAAAGCGAGGAAAACUAAAUGCACGCCGUAACAAUUAUUCCGAAACCAAAUCUUACAUAGAAUUCUUUAGUCAGUUUGCGAAGGUUAACGCAAAAUUUAAUAGUACAAUAUUUAUUUUGCCAACGGAAGGCCUCGUUGCUUGAACGACUAUAAACUGCGAGCAGUCUAUUAUUUUCCUUUACAAAGCCGCGAACUGCUAAAUGCGGGCGUCUCGACCUUCACUGAUUUCACUGAAAAGCUUUGGCCGAGAACGGAAAGCGCGGGCAUGGAAAGUCUCUGGCACCCAGGGUAAAUUCUCUAUUCUAAAGUUGUUGUUUACAAUCUCGCUAGCUGGAAUAAGAACUAAACAGAUUUUAAGAGAAAAGGCGGGCUGCAAACAGUCUAGAAAGACUUUCUUAAAUGUUUGAAAUAAACACGACUUAAAAACUCGUAAUGUUGUGAGACGUGACCUUAGAGUUUGCUUGAACAACAGGGGUUUUCCUUCUUUCCCUCGUCGCGCGUUGGUCACCAAUGCCGCACAUCGAGCGUUCUAAAAUUGUAUUUUUUCCGCCGCACUGAGACUUACAUUUAGCGGUCAUGAAAAUGGUCUAUGCAAAAAAAGGGGGCCUGCAAGCAGUCUAGAAAAAAUCUCUUAAUUGUUUGAAAUAAACACGACUUAUAAACUAGUAAUAAUGUGAGACGUGACCUUAGAGGUCCUUAGAGUCUGCUUGAACAACAGGGGUUUUCUUUGUCGCGCGUUGGUCACUAUGCCGCGCGUGGAGCGUUCUAAACUUUCUACUAAGCGAAUCUUAUUUUUUUCCGCGACAUACAUUUCGAGGUCAAGAAGAUGGUCCAUGUACAUUGGGUAAUUAUUUUCUAAAAAUAAAGAUUUUAGUUUCUUUUGUAUUUUCUCAAGAUCAUUUUUAGACGCUGAUGCAGUCCAUUAAGUUUUUCUUGGAACAAGUGAGUCUUUGAACUGGAGCGCCAUUUUUUUCUGUAGGUAUUAAAGUAUUAUGCCUGCCAAGAUUGCUUAAUAUUAGAUUUCAAAAGUUUCUACAUUUUUAAAUCUUUAUGAUAUGAGUUUUCAUAUCAGCGAAAAGCUUUUAGACACAUAAACGUAUAAAGUUUAUGGUGCCUCCGGUUGAUUUUUUGCUCUUCAAGGGCUAUUGCUUGAACAAAGCCUUCUGGAGCAUCUAAAGGUUGUUAGUUGUUAAAAUGAUAAUACUAGGUUAAUAAAUACAUGUUUCAAUACUAAGGAAAACUAUUCACUUGUUCAUUCCCCUGCAGUUUAAGGCAAAACGCAAUAGAAUCCAGCCAUAUCCUAAAUGCACAGAAAAAGAUACAAAACUCAACAGAAAGGACAAAUAGAAUAGCAUAGAGUUCAUGCCAUUAUCAAUAACAACCCUUUAUGAUCCAGUGUAACUGCAAACAACAAUAUUUUCUAAAUGACCGAUUGUCAGUAAGAGAAGUAAAAUGUCAAAAACCCAUUCCCAAAACCUACUCACUUAAGAUGACCAUUAGAUAAGUUUACAGGUGAAUUAAAAAUGUGAUGAAUUUCUAACUCACAGAAACACGGGCGACACACUUAGUGUUCUGUUGCAUUUCACAAUUUGCACUUAAGGAGUCGCAGAUCAUCAUGGCAUUAUCAAAAACCUACUCACUCAAGAUGACUAUUAGAUAAGUUUGCAGGUGAAUUAAUAAUGCCAUGAAUUUCAAACUCACAGAAACACGGGCGACACACCUAGUGUUCUGUUGCAUUUCACAAUUUGCACUUAGGAGUCGCAGAACAUCAUGGCAUUAUUAAAAACCUACUCACUCAAGAUGACUAUUAGAUAAGUUUGCAGGUGAAUUAAUAAUGCCAUGAAUUUCUAACUCACAGAAACACGGGCGACACACCUAGUGUUCUGUUGCAUUUCACAAUUUGCACUUAGGAGUCGCAGAACAUCAUGGCAUUAUCAAAAACCUACUCACUCAAGAUGACUAUUAGAUAAGUUUGCAGGUGAAUUAAUAAUGCCAUGAAUUUCUAACUCACAGAAGCACCGGUGACACACCUAGUGUUCUGUUGCAUUUCACAAUUUGCACUUAGGAGUCGCAGAUCAUCAUGGCAUUAUCAAAAACCUACUCACUCAAGAUGACUAUUAGAUAAGUUUGCAGGUGAAUUAAUAAUGCCAUGAAUUUCUAACUCACAGAAACACGGGCGACACACCUAGUGUUCUGUUGCAUUUCACAAUUUGCACUUAGGAGUCGCAGAACAUCAUGGCAUUAUCAAAAACCUACUCACUCAAGAUGACUAUUAGAUAAGUUUGCAGGUGAAUUAAUAAUGCCAUGAAUUUCAAACUCACAGAAACACGGGCGACACACCUAGUGUUCUGUUGCAUUUCACAAUUUGCACUUAGGAGUCACAGAUCAUCAUGGCAUUAUCAAAAACCUACUCACUCAAGAUGACUAUUAGAUAAGUUUGCAGGUGAAUUAAUAAUGCCAUGAAUUUCUAACUCACAGAAGCACGGGCGACACACCUAGUGUUCUGUUGCAUUUCACAAUUUGCACUUAGGAGUCGCAGAUCAUCAUGGCAGUAUCAAAAACCUACUCACUCAAGAUGACUAUUAGAUAAGUUUGCAGGUGAAUUAAUAAUGCCAUGAAUUUCUAACUCACAGAAACACAGGCGACACACCUAGUGUUCUGUUGCAUUUCACAAUUUGCGCUUAGGAGUCGCAGAACAUCAUGGCAGUAUCAAACACCCACUCUUGAAUACAUACAGAUCGAUGAAAAAGAAGAAUUUCUUCUUAAAGUUAAAUGUUGCCCUUUAAACAAACAUAAUUGUAGUGUUUUCUGUCAAAAAAAUUUCACUUUUCUUUAAGACCUCUGAAUGCCUAAUCACAUUUGCAAAACAGUUUAUGAGAUCAGCCUUUAUGAAAAAAAAAACAUUAUUAGCCAUUGAAAAGUGACAGGAAUUGAAGUGAAAGGAGAAAAAAAUGAAUUUAAAUAAGGGAGAAACAAUGGGCUUCAAAAAUUAUGUCCCACCAUAAUUACAAGAAAAUGAUAUUUCAACAAACAAUAAACCGGUUAACUGACCUCAUUUCUCACAAUUUGCUAUGCAAGUUGGUAUACUGACUUUGUUAUUUAAUAAAAGCGAGUCAUACCCAUUGUUACUUGGUUGUUUCCUGAGUGAAGGAUGUGUACAGAGAUUUUGGAUUGGCGGGCUAUUUUGGGGAAUUGGCGGGCUAUUCGAUUUUGGCGCCAAUGGACAGAACCCUUGAAUCAAAAUGAACUGAUCCAGUCCACCAGCUCUUGAAAUCCGCUUCUAGAAACAUGAUUUAGCUAAGGGACUUGUGGCGAAUGAUAUCGAGCGACAGCGGACCAAAAAGCCCCUCCAUCGACGGCACGGAGAACCAACUCAUACAAGCAAGAACGCCAUCUUGUCAGACUGCUUAAAUUCCUCGCUAAAACUCUUGACUGAAUCGGAGGAGCCGAACAUGCAUAGCUUUCCAUUACAUAGGCUGGAAUUCAAAGCAAUGAUACCAAGUCUUUUCGGUAUCCAGCGAAGGAGAAAAAAAACCGGCGCAAUAGAAUAGACGAGGAUCGUCACACAUGUACACCGCCAUCACUCGUGGCUCUCACUCUCAGGAAUCUUCUGACAAAGUAUCGUGGCAGAUCUAGCGCGAUAUACCAAAAGCAUACCAUAUAAAGUAAAAUCCAAUUAAUUCCAUUGUAGGAUGGGUUAUACUUUUACUUGCACAAUCCUUUUUUCGACUUGCUGAUUUGUUUCUUUGUUUUGACAUUACGACGCAUAAAUAAAGACUGCAGGCAACCGCAUGCCUAAAAAGCGGCUCAAUAUUUACACUCGACUCCGUGUCGUCGCUACAGAUCGGCUAUCGUGAGAUAGCACCGGCCAGUCGCAAUAGGCAAAAUCUUGUUUAGCCUUGAAGCAUUUCAGUUUGAAAGGGAAAAUAUAUUUUUGAAAAGACAAUUCGUUCUUCCGCUUUAUUUCCUGAUCAUUGCUGUUCGCGCGUCCUGGCGCGUGGAUUCCUCGUGCUGAAAUCUGGCAAAAAAUUAUCUAGAACGCAACUUGAAGGUUUUGCAAGGCAUACACUUUACUAUAAGCAAAAUUGUUUUAAGUUUGCUUUAUUUUAAUUUUUAUAAUGGAUAGCGUUGUAUUUUCAUCUGGUUUUUACUAUCUUGAACGCGUUCUGAGCUUUCAAAAGGAUUACUACUGUAGUGGCAUAUGACAGGGUUGACACCUUAUCGGAUUACGUUUUUUGGCCAGAAAUUAACGUGCUAAUUAAAUUCCCACAGCAGGAAAUUCUCUUGUCACCUUUUGAAAACAAAGCGUCCGUAGCAACUAAGAAAUCAUGCUGAUCGCAAAAAAAAGUCGCUUGCGGAUCCUCAUGAACAAUUGUGAAUCCAAUUUAAGACGAAAGAGGAAUUUUAAUGUCCCUCUGGCUAAGACGAAGAGACUUAGAACACAUUUCUAUAUAGCAACUGUAAUUAAAUUUUUAGCUACAUAUGUGUACAUUUUUCUUAUAUUUUUCUCAUAUUUUUAUUAGAUUUUAUUAUUGUAACGAUUAAUCUAAUUCAGCUUUUGGCUGCGAUUUUAAUCAGAAUUAACUACCUAUCUAUCUAUCUAUCUAUCUAUCUAUCUAACUAUCUAUCUGUCUGUCUGUCUGUCUGUCUGUCUGUCUGUCUGUCUAUCUAUCUAUCCAUCGAAUUCCUACGGCUUUGGAGCAGGAUUCCUAUUUUGAUGUGAACAAACGGAAUUUGAUCGUGUUUGAUGAUCAGAUGACUGACGCCAGUAAAGACAAGCGAAUUGUGAACCUCUUUACUCGUGGUUCUCAUUAUCGCAAUCUGAGCGUGAUUUAUAUCGUG